AUGAAGACUCUCGUGCUGUCUCUCGCCUGCGUCGGAGUCCAGACUGGUCUCACAGUCUCGCUCCCAUCCCAUCCCAACCUCAAAGCUCGCUCUGAUUCUCAACUCGCUCCACCUCCCACGGACGCAGAGACAGUCUUCUCCCUCCCAACGACUCCUUCCUGGUUCGAAAAUAUCGCCUACCGCCCCUCCACCAACACCCUCCUCGCGACACGCCUCGAUGUACCACAGAUCUGGUCCGUCGACCCUCACACACAGACUGGGACCCUCGUGGCGAACGUAACCGACCCAUCAUCAUCAUCGUUGUCGUCUCUCACGGGAGACGACGAUGUUUUCAUUUUUGCCGGCCUCAACUAUACCUUGACCACGGGGCUGACGCCCAACUCUUCUGCCCUGUGGAGUCUGACGUUUCCCUCCUCGUUGGCGCCGUCGUCGUCAAAGAACGGCACUGCGUUGCAAGUGCCCACCCCGGUGCCGGUCCUGGCGCUCCCCGGCAUAGGCAUGAUCAACGGCAUCACGACCUGGGACGCCCACACCGUCCUCGCAGCGGACAGCACUGAGGGCGCCAUCUGGAAGGUCGACCUCACCUCCCAAACACCAGCCUCCAUCGUCCUACAGGACCCCACCAUGGCACCCUUGGCCAAUGCGACCAACGUCCUAGGCACAAACGGCGUCAAGGUCUACCGCCCCCGUCUGGACGACCCCUCCUCCUCCUCCUCUUCUGCCGACAACAAGACAUACGUCUACUACACCUCCACCAACCAGGGCCUCCUAGCCCGCAUCCCCGUCGACCCGGCCACGACCAUCGCGGCGGGCCCCGUGCACAUCCUGGCAGGCGGCUUCAGCAACCCAGACGACUUUGCCGUGCUCGACGACGGCAGCGCCGUGCUGGCAACCGGUCCGCAGAACACAGUCGUGCACGUCGCCCUCGACGGGACCGUGACUACGCUCGCGGGGAGCGCGGACGAGCUGGUGCUGGCGAGCAGCACGUCUUGUACGCGGGGGAGGGACGGGGGCAAGGUGUUUGUGACUACGGCGGGGGGGUUUGAGGCCAAGGUGAAUGGGUCCGUCGUGGGGCCUGGGAGUGUGGCGGGGUUUGAUCUGGGGGGUGUGGUAUAG